GGACACCCACUAGCGGGCCUCACUCCUUUAACGCGCACAUGCGCACCAGGAUUUUCCUCUUUCUCGGUGGACGCAAUGGCGGACGCAGAGUGAGUGUUUUUCUGUUGUAUGAAAUCUAAGCACAUCCAGUGUUUAAAAAUAAAUCAUGGUUGAAUUUCUGCCCUUAAUGGAUUACCUAGUAUCUGCACUACUGUACUUUGAGUGUAUUGUUAAGGAUUAUCGAUUUUAUUCUUAUUAGGCUGCCUUAGUAACAUGUAUGUGUUGGAGUAGUACAACAUGGCUGUCUCUCAAACCUCGGUGCGUUUCAACAAGUAGUUAACUUUUCAAAAGAUGUAAGCCAAAUUAAUACAAGCCAAUGAGUAAAUUGUCGUGCGAUAUACACCUCUGUGUGUCCAUUAGACGCGUUAGUUAGUAUUUUGACAGGUUUGACAUCCUUUGGAGAAGCCGGUAAAUGACAGGUUAGCUUGCUAUCGGCUAUAUCCAGCAAAGUGAAGCAGACGUGUCGCCUUACUGAAAGGCCUUGUUGAUGUUGUGAGAGUUUUACUUGCUAAGUUUUAACGCUUUGUAUUUGUCAUUACAGAAAAAAAGUUCCGGCGGUCCCUGAGAGCCUUUUGAAAAGGCGAAAGGCCUUCGCCGCCAUGAAGGCCCAGCGCAUCAAGAAGAUGCUGGCUGAGAAAAAGGUGAGCCACAUGCUUCAUUGAGUCAGUCUCUGCUCAAGUGCAUGCACCGUAGGAUGUCUCCUAAAGAUGUCAGUGGUUUCUGUAAUACUUCGAAUUAGACCAUGUGCUCUUGCAUCUUUUCCAGGCCCGCAAAGUGACCAGGAAGCUCAUCUACAAGAGGGCUGAGAAGUACCACAAGGAGUACAGGCAGAUGUACAGGCGUGAAAUCCGCCUGAGCCGCACUGCCCGUAAAGUGGGAAACUACUAUGUCCCAGCAGAGCCCAAACUGGCCUAUGUCAUCAGGAUCAGAGGGUGGGUACUUUUUACCAUGAAGAAAUAUCAGAAUUGUUAACAACAUGAACAUGGAUCGCUUGUUUUAAACUUUUGAAAGUACACUUGUUCCUUGGCGAGCUGCAGUUUCCCACUGUUUGGAAAUAUUCUUUCCUACAUUGUCAGUGUGAAUAUGCUAAGAACUGUUCUAAACUAUGUGCUUGACAAAGUGUGCUUUUCUUACUUUGCAACAUGGAUAUCCAUUCAAGCAAGUUUCGAUUAAUGUAAGGGUUUGAUUUGACAGGUGUCUGCCAAGCCUGUUUUUUUUCCUAGCAAUCAGUCUUAAUGACUGUUAUCAGAUGUGGUUAAUGAUGUUCCCUCUUUCCCCGACAUAUCGACCAUGGUGAUACAAAUAUGUAUUAAGCCAAAUCAGUCUGAAACCACUCCUGAUCGCACCAGUGAUAGAAGUAUACAAAAACAUGAUACCACAUGCUAAUCAUGAUCUUCAUUUCCCCCCUAGUAUCAAUGGUGUCAGCCCCAAGGUCCGCAAAGUGCUGCAGCUGCUCCGUCUGCGCCAGAUCUUCAACGGUGUGUUCGUAAAGCUGAACAAGGCUUCUAUCAACAUGCUUAGGAUUGCUGAACCUUACAUUGCUUGGGGGUAAGGAUGACCUCUUCGAAACUCUUCUCCUGAUGUCAGGAAUCAAAAUAGUGGUGCUCUGCCAUUUUGCUCCAUGUUCGAUAGAUACGUACAUCAGAUGCUGCAAUGGUGAUGCAUCCUGUGACUGUCGGUGUACCUCUGGAAUGUGGUUAAUGAUGCUCAACUUUUUUCCCCAUCUUAUCGACCAUGGUGAAUACUGACUGAUACUAAGCCAGUUUUGUCUGAAACCACAUUCUGUGAUGGUACAACAGCUACAAAUUUAUUGAUGGUACAGGAUGAAACGUGGGGAGAUAUGAGGGGGCAUGCAGCACAUGGUCAGGGCAGGACUUGCACUGAAUGCUUACAAAAAGGAGUGUCUGAUUAGGCCUCGCACUCUUAAGCAUGUAUAUGAAAAUGUAUUGCAGUUUUCCAAUUAUACAGUUUAUUUAGCUAAGUUUUCCAGAUGUAUUGAUGUGGAUCUGCCUGUUUGGUUUCAUUGGCAUACCAUAGUGUCCUAUUGUGAUCUGGUCAUCCUGUGAAUGCAAGUAGAAAACAAACAUCCUUGAACAGAAGUGAAUCAGGAAACAGAUCUUUUGAGAUGAGUUCAACUAUAAAGUCUUCAAUAAUGGCUCUCUUAAACAAGACUUGUGGCUUCUUAGGCUAGCAACGCAAUUAAGUUUGAGACAGUGAAAAUACAUAUGGUAUGUUGUAUCUGAACAGGUUAGCUUACAAGCUAAAGUUACUUAGCACAGAUAAAAGUUAAAACAAAGACAUUUAGCAAACUGUUAAAGCACACAAAACAUCGUCAUAUGAGAGAUCCGACGCUAUGACUCUCCACAAGUUGUCCUUCAGGUCGUUAUCUUUGUAAUGUUUGUGUCUGUCAUCAAAAAGCACCCUGUUCUCCGACACGUAAACAAUCAGCCGGUCGACCACAUUAGAUAUACCGGUGAAUCUGACAUCACAACAACAUGCAAUCUGUUUGGUCAGGAGUGGACACACAGUAUGCGAAACUUUGGAAAAAUUGACCAUGAUUCGAAAAUAAAUGCCCCAAUAUCGCAGGACGGGAAAACGUGGCUGAUUUGAACACCUGUAUUGACAGGAUACAGGGUUUGGAAAAAAAUAUUGAUGUCCGAAAUAAUCGCACAACAAAAAUGGUCCCGGUGUGAAAGGACCUUCAGUUUGCCAUGUUAUGCUUUAGGCAUAUAUUUUUUUUGUUUUGGUUGAGCUGCAGUCAAUGUGCUAACUAGCUUGUUCUGCAUGCAAAGAUCAAAGUUGUCAGCUUCGACUUGGAGCACUGGUUUCUCAUGUGUUAGAUAUUGUUGGGAGAGUCUUAAAAGAAUGGGACACAAAUGUUGAAACUAUUAAUGGAAGGCAAACUGUGGGCUAUUCAGACAUCAGCUUUCUGCCAGCAAACAGUACUAUUUCUAUCAUAGUAUUGUUUCCUCAAAUGCAGUGCCGCACAGUAUAAAGAAAAGUAUAGUAAAAGUGGAAAGUAGAAACAGAUCGAAAUGCCUAACUUCUGUUGCAGUGUCUCAUCUCACUGUUUAAAACCCUUUGGAGACUUUUUAAAUCAUUGAACAGUAUAAAUUAAGUGAUGACUUUACAACCUUCAUGAUUUUAAUCGUCCAUAAUUGCUGCACAGCGGAAGGUGAAAGGCUAGGCAGAUAAAAUCAAGCUGAAAAAAAUAACUAUAUUCCCCAGCAGCUUAAAGUAAUCAAUGAGCUCCAGUUUGUGAUUAACCCAAGAAAUCAGCAGUGCUCACACUUUGUUCAGUUUGUGUCUCUUCUGUUGGAUACUGCUGAUGAUCAAAAGAGCGGACAUCAGUGACACUUAACUGUAAUGAUGUCUUACAGAGCAAGAAAAACAAUUUUCAAAAAAAUGUACAAGUGGUAAAUAUGUCCACACCUUUUGCCAGAAGUGAAAUGCACCCUCCCUUUUAUGCCUUUUGUUUACGCUGAAAAGUUUGCUAAAUAUGACACGGAUAUUAAAACAGCCCUCAAGUAAUUGGUCCAUAAAUACGUUAGACAGUUGCUCACAACUUUUAAUGUUUUGUCUCAGCAGAUAAGCCUUUGACACUAAAUUGAGAGAUACCCUAUCAAACUGUCUGGGAAACAUUUUAUAACUAUUAGACUACUUACUAUCAAAACUCCUUCACAGAGAAUAACAAGUAUGCAGACUUUACAAUGUUGUGAUAACUAUAUUGCUAAGGGCAACUUUUUAAAAACUAUUUAUCGCUUGUUUUCCCUCAGAUACCCCAACCUGAAGUCUGUGCGUGAGCUCAUCUACAAACGCGGCUAUGGCAGGAUGAGGAAACAGCGUAUUGCCCUCACAGACAACGCUCUGGUGGAGAAGGCCCUCGGUAAAGAAAUGUUUUACUUUUGUUUACAAUGUACACCUGUAAAAGCGACUUAAAAAGCUUGAUAAUAAGUGCUCCAUGUGGUUAAUGAUGCACAUAUUUUUUCCCCGUCAUAUCGACUGUGGUGAGGAAAACCGAAAACUAAGCCAGUUGUGUCUGAAACCACCUGUCAGUUGAAUAGUUAUUGGAUUGUUGCACCUUCAAGAGCGACACUUGAAUGAACAUGUCUUUUUAUGAAGUUAAUUGUCAAAGGAUGUUUGUUAAAUGUAGCUUUGAGAGUGGUUAGCUUUGUUACUUAGCUUGCUAAACUGUUAAAUCAACAUUGUGGCUAACCCUUACUUGACGUUGAGAGGAGGUUAUUUAAUGUUAAAACCUGGAUUAUGUGUUGAGCAUGCUGCUUUUUGGUCCCCAGGCAAAUAUGGCAUCAUCUGCGUUGAGGACCUCAUCCAUGAGAUUUACACAGUUGGAAAGAACUUCAAGCCCGCCAAUAACUUCCUGUGGCCCUUCAAGCUGUCCUCACCCCGUGGUGGAAUGAACAAGAAGACCACACACUUUGUGGAGGGAGGAGACGCUGGCAACAGGGAGGAUCAGAUCAACAGAAUGAUCAGGAGGAUGAACUAAAGUGAUGGUGAGUUGCAGGUCUUGAAGGCGAACUGAGCUCAUUAGGUGUGGUUAAUGAUGCAUCUUCUUUUUUCCCCAUCUUAUCGACUAUGGUGAAAACAAGCUGAAACUAAGCCAAAUAUGUCUGAAACCACACCAAAGCUGUUGUUCAUUUUCAAAUUGGAUUAUCAUCCAGAUAAUCCUGUGUAGAAAUAAUUGUAAAUAAUUUUCAUUCACUUAGUAAAGAGUCUUAAAUGGGCUUUAGUUAUGAUGCAGGUUGUCUUGUUGGGUUUCAUUUUGUGAUGCCAUUGUAAUAUGCUUAAAGACUUUUUAUAUACCUGUUCAAAGAUUAUUAAACUUUUUAAAGGCUCUUUGCAUUGCUGUAACAAAACAUUCAAGGUUCACUUGUAUAUGAUAGAUGUGUCACUUUCCCACUAAAUCCUACUAACAAAUGAAUAUUUACAUCUAUUGUCUGGUAACUAAUCUGUUCUUUUUUUCCCUUUUCAAGGUUUUCCAAGGAUACAAAAUGUAUAAUAAAAACAUGAAAAAAAAAAAAUGCUUUUUGUCUUGUCGUUUUUGUCAUCACUGGUAAACUGUGGUCUGUUUUGCCCACAGCAAAUGUUCCAACUUUUUC